AUCAUCAUGAUAGCUCUGCACGGCUGCGAUGAGGAGCGCGCGCGUGGAGCGCACAGUCCUUAUCAGAGGAGACACUUUACAGAGUCCAGUAUAAAAGUCACUCUAAGCUCGAGCCAGCGACUGCCACAGAGAGGUGAAAAUGGCUGAGGACAUUCAGGCCAAACUUGAGAAGUACCGCACGGCUCCCUUUGACGCCAGAUUCCCCAACCAGAACCAGACCAGGAACUGCUGGUCCAACUACCUGGACUAUCACAGGUGCAAUAAAGCUCUAGACGCCAAAGGAGUGGACACUGCCCCCUGUGAUUGGUACAAGAGGGUCUACAAAUCACUCUGCCCCAUGUCCUGGGUCCAGAAAUGGGAUGACCAAAGAGAAGAGGGGAUCUUCCCAGGAAAAAUCUGAGCCAGGCAUGCCCAAAGCUGUGGUUCUGCAGGAAUGUAAUCUUUUAAUGGUGGGAGAAGAUGUCUGUCUACACCGCGUUUAAACUACUGAUGCUCUGCUCUAUAACUGAACGGUCAUUCCUUAUACAUAACGAAAAAUGUACAGCUGAGUCUGUAUUAAAAUACCUCAGGAGAUAUACAAGUUA